ACCAGCCGAGGCUCUUCGCCUCAGGCGACGAGCUUUAUCGCCUUCUUUCCGGACGCUUUUCGCAGCCGGGCGCCGCAGCCACAGUCACCUGUGCCUUGGAGCGGAGGGAGCUGAAGUUUGCGCGCCGAGAGCCGAGCAGGCAUGGAAACCGUCGACCAGCUGGCCUCCAAGGGCAGUUUUCGGGCGGUGAAGGAGCCCCUGGCUUUCCUGAGGGUGCUGGAGUGGCUUUUUGCAGUCUUUGCAUUUGCAACAUGUGGUGGCUAUUCUGGAGGACUGCGGCUCAGCGUGGACUGCGCAAACAGGACACAGAGCGACCGCAGCAUUGACAUAGCCUUUGCCUAUCCCUUCAGGUUGUACCAGGUGAAUUUUGAUGCUCCCACCUGUGAAGGCAGGCGAGAAAAACUUUCACUAAUAGGCGACUUUUCCUCUUCUGCGGAAUUCUUUGUGACUAUCGCUGUCUUUGCCUUCCUCUAUUCCUUGGCAGCCACAGUAGUUUACAUUUUCUUCCAGAACAAAUACCGUGAAAACAACAGGGGUCCUUUGAUUGAUUUCGUUGUGACAGUGGUGUUCUCCUUCAUGUGGUUUGUGGGUUCUUCUGCUUGGGCUAAAGGUCUGUCUGAUGUCAAGAUUGCCACUGACCCAGAUGAAGUCCUCUUACUGAUGUCAGCUUGCAAACAACAAUCCAACAAAUGCUUGCCUGUGUACAGCCCUGUUAUGUCAAGUCUUAAUACUUCAGUUGUCUUUGGAUUCUUGAACUUUAUUCUCUGGGCAGGAAAUAUCUGGUUUGUUUUUAAGGAGACUGGUUGGCAUUCUUCGGGUUCAAGAUAUCCUCAAGAGACCCUCGAGAAACAGUCCAGCAGCUAUAACCAAGGUGGCUACAAUCAAGAUAGCUAUGGGUCGAGUGGUGGGUAUAACCAACAGGAAGGCAAUUUUGGGCAACAAACUAAUUAUGGCCAAGUUGAUGAAUUUGGCCAGCAACAACAGAGUGGCCCAACUUCAUUUACUAAUCAAAUGUAGCCACUGCAGAGUUCGGAGAGCCCUUAACGCUGAUCAUUUGUAGAAAGCUCAAACAUGGUGAUGAUAGCACAUUUCUGAGUGUUUGUAGAUUAAUGUGACGACGAGUUUCAACUAAUCCAAGGUCUGUGAAUAUGAACUGCUGGAGGUGGGUUGUGGCUCUUGUUUGUUUGUGAAUGAUGAAGUUCCCCCCAGUAGAUGAUGAUGAUGGUGAUGAUGAUGGUGAUAGUGACAACAGUGAUGAUGAUGAUGAUGAUGAUGAUGCGUUCAUCACAGUGGUGAAAUGAAGUAACUAAUUGUUAUACGUAUGGUAUAAAUACCCUUACAGUAGUUUUGUACAUGUAUGGUUAGAAUGUUUUGUAGCCUUCAGUCUGUAGGUUAAAAUAUGCAUAAUAUAAUUGAAUUAGCAUUAGCUUUUCUUCUGCAUUAUGAUGAGGCAAGAUAAGUUUCCUAUGAUUUCUGAAGAUUACUCUGUGUAGGACAAAGCAUGCAUUAUAUCUCCUAUAUUUUCUCCAUUGCUAACUGACUGCUAGUUUAUACAAUUCAAUAUUUUUUACGGGUUAAAAUAUUUAUUUGAUAUUCUUCUUCAUUAGAAUGUUAGUCGGGUGUGUAGCUGCAUGAAACCACAUACUUUUCACAACUGAAUAUUAUAACUGUGAACAUGGAACUUUUCUCCAUUCGUAUUUAAUUGUUUUGUUAAUAUAACAUUUUAGAUAAUGUAUAUAUGACUAAUUUAUUUAUUCUGUAAAGUUGGAUCAAUUACCCAAAAUCUGAAUUGUGUAUCUAACAAAAAUAUUUUUCCUUGAAAGGAAAUUUUGAAAUAUAUAACUGUUCAACUGUUUUCUGCCUAUUAAGUUCAGUAUUUGUUCCUAGAGCCAUAUUUAUGUUGAAGCUGUGUGAUUCCAUAUGGAUAUAAUAUAAGGACCAAGUAACUGUGUUUACAUCUUUACAAAGGUAUUUAUUUAUUUUAUUAGGAUAACAGAGGUGCAGAUACUGACACAACUACACAAUACAGCUAUUGCAAAACAUUACAGAAAAGUUUGUCCUAUCUUGUCAUCACUGUUGAGGAAUUUUUUUCUUUCUCGACUUCUGAAUUUGGUGCUACCUCUAAAUAAAAAACAGUGUCAGAAGUAGAAUUUUAACAAUGAAAAAGACACAGCCAUGUCUAAGCAGGGAGCAUGAUUAACUUAGAGAUCCAGUUGGUCUCAAACUAUAUAUAAUAAUUACAAGGGAAAACAUUCUUUCCAACAAUUGAAUGAAAGAGAUCAGAAUCAAUGGCAAGAGAAGAGAAUCAAACUUUUGCUAAAUCUCACUAAGCUUUAUUCUUCUCUCUGUUCCAGAUAAGAUCCCAGAUAAGUAACAUGGAGUUCCAGUGCUAAAAAUACAUCUAUCAUAAAGCAGACUGAACUUUGCCUUUAUUGUUGUGAGAUAGGUCCUUUACUGUUUUUUGAAGGAAGCUAUCUUACAAAUUGAACUGGUUGUUAGCCAACCAGUCUAGAUGCCACUUGUAUAUAAAGUGAAAGCAAAUUCCACUUCCUUCUAGCACUGGUGAUGUUACCUAGCUGGGUAAUGAAACGUCUGCAAGGAAACAACCAAGCUCAGAGAGAAUUAAGGAUUCCAUAGUUUAGAUGUGUAUCUCUGUUCAGUGAUUGUGGCACUGAAGGAAUAAGGGGAUCUUGCCAUACAUUUAUCAGACUGAGCAGCUCAUACCUGGAGUAAGAAACAAUUAAGAACUGCCAAUUUUGCAUACACACUAGAGUCUGUACAUAAACAAGGCUCAUUUUUUCUUAUUCUAUUUGCAGCCUAUAGAGAAUAUACCAUAAAACCGGAAUAUCUGUAUUUCUAAACAAAAGUGUUUCUGUCUAUAAUAUAAUUGUAUAACCUGUACAUGUUCAAAGCAUCAUUUAGCAUAAAGCAACGUAGUCAGUUAUA